UAAUAAUAUAAAGCUAACAAUAAUAUGUUUUAAAUAAUAUAUAAUCUCUUUAGUUAGUAUUAUUAUGAAUGUAGGGUGAUGGGUUUUAUUUUCAAACAUGAACAAAAUAUUGGCACGGUUUUAUUUGAUAAAAGUGAUGCUACUAAACAUUGUUGGACCACAGAGGAAUUUAUUAUCUUGAAUAGUCGACGAAUGUUUCAAGAUUUGUUACCAAAGGUGAAAGUUUUAAAUUGUGAGAACGAUGAGUACAUCGCUCUGCUGAUGGAUUACUUUCACGUUUGUUUCGAGAGCGUGCGUAAGCUAUCGAUAGGAAAAACGAAGCAUCUAAUGUUGAAAGCUCUGGCGGACACAAUAGGUGGCUACUUGCAAGUUUACAUCCUGCCCCUCACCAAACAUUCCUAUUAUGCGGGGAACAUAAAAUACCGAAACGCGAGAAAGCUGUUCGAACUGCACGAGCAAUUAAAGAUUUUCUUACGGACUGAUGGAAAUGGCUGGCUGUACUCUUGCAAAGAUAUAAAACAGGCGAAAAUCCAACCGAUAAUGAUCACGGCGCCGAAAUCGUUGAUCGCGUGCGAAGGCCUUAUUACCUAUUCUACAUCUGCAAUUGGAUUUAAUAAACGAGACGUAAAACGUUUCACAUUCAAACAGAAAAAGAAACAUUUGAAGCACAAAAACAGAAGUAAAAAUUCUAGACACAAACAUGAGUCAGCAGAAGAGGAAUCGAUUAUCAUCCCUCUUCCCUUUCUGGACGAUGAUGUACAGCCAAAUAGUAUCGCUUUACCAUUUAAGAAAGAUACCUUGCAGUCCAUGUACAGUGAACGAUCGACUUUUGCAUUGGUUAAAUACUACAUAGCUAGCGUGAAGUGCAUUUCUGCGAAGUCGAAAGAAAAAACUGAUCUGGAAAAUUUUAAUCAGGAUUUUUACGAUUGGCUGCAGCAAUCCGUUGUACGACAUCUCGAUGAUGAAAAAUGGUAUCCAGCGUUUGGCGGCGUACUAAGGGUGAUAACCUCAUUGGAGGACGCUGGUGCGGGUCUCGCGAAAGGAAGAAAAAGCGGUACCUAUCAAGUGAUGCCCAAAUUAGGCUCGUCAUCGACUGCAAUGCCGGAAGAUAUGCCACCUUUGUAUAAAGAGGAGGAAACGGAAGUCACGCUUGGUACGACAGAAUUAAUAUCGAUUGCCGUAGUGAGCGCAUUGUUGGUAUGGUUACUAGUGGGACUGAGCUUGGUCUGCUACAGAUUCCUCAUAAGAAACUCGGAUGAAUGUAUCCCGUGUGAACCUGAUCCUGCAGUUGCCGUUUUGUACGAAAAUAAAGAUUACUGUGAGCCCGACACGUGUACAAAAGCGCCUCGUAAAGGAUAUAUAGUGAAGAUAGUGGAUUGUUUAAAAAACAGGUUUCAUUGCAAAACUCGGGAUCAAUUAGACGAGGAACGUUGUUUAGCUGCAAUUAGUUAUACUAGUAAAGAUACGAUCGAUGUUAGUAGUAGCAGAAGUUAUCAGAAAAGAAAAAUAACUAAAUCGGUUUCAGCGGCAUUAUCAAGUUACCGAAAGGAACGUGUACCCGUCAGAAAAGUAUAUUAUAGCUCAGAUGGCUCGUUAACCACGGAGAGUGUUUGCAAACAGAGAUAAUAAGAAAUUACAAGUUUUCAUUUAUCUUUUAAUAUAAUAUACAUUUUUUAGUAUGUAUGAUGUAAUAAAUACCGUCAAUUACAAAUAAAAUCUUUUUU